AUGCAAUUCACUCCACUCUCGCCUGCCUCACCACCACCACCCCCCUCGGAAACGACACAAAUUCGGUACCAAUCCAGGCUUUGCCCAUCCGUCGCUAAGACAGAACUCGCUCCGCCUCAAGCCCUCGCGUCAGGUAGUCCAGCGAGGCGGGCAAAUUGUGCCCUACUGCCGGUCAGCUGGUCCGGCAUUCACUUCAGCGCCACUUUAACCGGCCAGCCUGAACUCCAAAGAGACAUCUCUCUGCGUAGACCAGCAGAUGUCUUCUUCAACAACCAUGACAACAGCAGUUGUUGCCUAAAGCUUGUAUUUUUCUUCUUUAACAUUGGUCACUAA